AUGGACGGUCUCGACACGCCUUUUCGAUUCCUGGAUCUCCCCGAGGAGAUCCGCAUGGUCGUCUACGCCUUCCUCUUCGCUCAGUGCCUCCUUGUCUGGGAUAGCCCAUUCGUCCAAUCAUACACCUACCUACAUGGGACCCGGCAGCCACGCUCUGUCAGAACUGUCCCUCAGUGGUUCUCGAUCCUUCUUGCCUCCAAGGCCGUCUCCCAAGAAGCCAAGAACAUGCUCUUCAAGCAAGCCAAUUACCGUAUGAAGAUCGAAGAGCAUAUGCUAUACCGCAGACUACCAGACAAAAGCAUCGAGUGGAGUGACAUCCUCAACAAUCUCAACAAGUACAUGCCAUCAGAGUUCUUGAGUACUGUUGCGCCACACAUCAAGCGCUUCAUCAUCGGGAAAAGCCAGCAGUGGAGUCUUGAGAACCUAUACUAUGACAAGAAUCCGCCACUCGCUCUGCUCACUCAUCUCCCGGGUCUGAAAGUGCUCGAGGUCACGUCCACUGCCCAAUUCCACAUCACAUUGCAGGGCAACAAGAACAUGUCCGAGCUAUGUGUGCUGACCGAUGAUGGAAAGGUAGCGCUCGCCCCAUUGCUCGAGAAUCGUAUACAGAACUCCACAUUCUCGUUGGGAGUGUCGGUGGGGAGGCGCCUCGCGCGGCAAUGCAGAGCCAGAGGAUGCGCAUUGAAGAUCUACAUCCAUUUCUUCCGAAUGCGUGCUGUCAAAGGCAGAAUGGUCCAGCCCAACGAAUACGCGCACAUCGAUCUUGCCCGCGGCCUCCUUUACUACGCAGACUCGAAGGGCAACAUGCACGCUGGCGACUACUUCCGUUGCUUGGACUUUGGUCGCAGCGACUAG